AUUUACAGUUGAAUCGCAUGGAAUGUGAUUCUGAUCGUACGGAGUGGAAACCGGACUACGAUAAAUUGUGCCCGCAUCCCUCUUGGAAAGCUAAGCGUAUUCAGAACGAUCUUGUUCGUCGCUCUGCGUCGCGCUAUUUUUAUAAGGGUGUUCAACUGAAAUUCGACGACAACGGAAGAGCUGAUUUCCGGGUGAAUCGUAAAGGGGAGUGGAUUCCCAUACCAACUGUCGCUGAAACUCGACGCGAAGAGCUGAAGAAAGCAGUUCACCCGUCUUGGGAAGCCAAGAAGAAGUUACGAGAAAAGCUAAAAAAGCAGCAGAAGGAGAAAAAUCCGCCUAACAAGAUACUCCCGUUUGAAGGCAAGCGUGUUGUUUUCGAUUAAUUCGCAAUGAAUACCGGAGGUAGAAGAAGACGUCAAGAUGAUGAUGGAGAAUUUCGCGGGCGGAAGCGGCGUCGCAAUGAAUCUAUUGAAAUCGAGGAGCGUUUUGAGAGCUUGAUAGUACGCCUCGGGGAAAGAAGCAAUGCAACGCUUGAAAACAACAUCGAAGGCCUUGCUGAAGUUCUUGACACGGACCUUGCGGCGUGCAAGGGAAAAAUUCUUAAAAUCCUUUGCGAUUGCUUCAUUCGAUCUCCAGAGAAGUGUACGAUUUACACCACGCUCAUCGGUAUGAUGAACAUCAAAGACUACAGUUUCGGCGCAGAAGUGGUCGAAGCCCUGGCAAAACUGCUUAAGGAAUUCCUGAAGAACUGUGACUGGUACAAGGCAUCUCUGAUCGUCCGAACCUUAGCUGAUAUGGGUAAUGCACGGGUUGUUUCUUUGACAUCUAUCGUCCAACUUUUUGACGUGUGGAUGUGCUCGGCGGAGGAACCUGACGUGCCACAAGUCAGACGUGACUUAUUUGCGUACGCCGUCAUGUACGCUCUUCCGUGGAUCGGGAAAGAACUUCGUGAGAAACAGUCAACGGAUUUCGACAAAAUUCUCGCUCGGAUUCAUAACUACAUGGGAAAUCGGAGUCGUGUUCACGUGGAUGGCCUUCGUGUAUGGUCAUCGGACGAUCCACAUCCCCAAGAAGAAUAUAUGGAGUGUCUAUGGGAGCAGAUUCAGAAGAUGCGAGGGGAGCAGUGGACUGAGAAGCAUCUUCUUCGACCAUAUAAUCAUUUUGCAACUGCUUUGAAUGGAGGAAGCGUACACAGUUUGCCGAGCAUUAUUCCACCCCCACAUCACAACGAUUAUCGCUAUCCAAAACCGAGAGUAGUUUUCCGGAUGUUCGAUUAUACUGAUUGCCCUGAAGGCAUCAUUCUUCCCGGUUCACAUUCGAUUGAGAGGUUCUUUAUCGAAGACCAAGUCGCCCAUGUUGUAUACUACUACCAUGAUGAUCGGAAGCUAUGUGCAAACAUGCUGGUAUCGAAUCCAUACUUCGGCAAGAUCCCUAUGGAGUAUGUCAUUGUGGAGGUUGUUAUGGGCGGCUUGUUCACUUUGCCCCGUCCUCCGUACCUGGAAGUUUUCUACGGAUCUCUCCUGAUAGAGCUAUGUAAAUUGAUUCCUGCAACCUUGCCGCAAGUGUUGGCUCAGGCGACUGAAAUGCUAUUUGAUCGCAUCAGCACCAUGGAUCCUGAUUGUUGCGAGAGGUUUGUGUCGUGGUUUGCCUACCAUCUUUCCAACUACCAGUUUCGCUGGUCUUGGGAUGAUUGGGUCCACGUCCAGGAUUUGGAUCCCCUUCACCCGAAAGCCGUAUUUGUCCGGGAGAGUUUACUGAAGGCCCUGAGGUUGACGUAUCACAAGCGCAUUGUGGAUCUGGUACCGAAAGCAUUGUCUGCCUUUGUUCCUGCUGAAUUCUUGCCCCAUUUUAAGUACAUGGAGCCUAAUGCCGAGGCGUUGCCGUUGUAUGGAGCAUUCGAACAUCUGUUCGCCGCGAUUCGCCAGAAAUGUUCGCCGGAAGAAGCAUUGGAGGUUCUCGGAAAAGCGCGUCUUCACGAUGAUGCGGUUUCUGGCGUGAAAUACACCCCGUCACAAAUCGAGUUAUUUGUUCAAACUUUGCUGUACAUGGGUGCUAAGAGUUUCUCGCAUUCGUUCGCUGGAUUGGCGAAAUUCAAGGAUGUUCUCAAGCAACUGGCUUAUUCGGAGGAUGCUCAGCUAUGCAUCCUACGUUCGUUACAUACCUUGUGGAAGGACCAUCAACAGAUGCAGGGCGUUAUCAUCAACAAGAUGUUGAGGAUGUCUAUCAUUGAGUGCUCCGCUGUUGCGAACUGGAUCUUCUCAAAGGAAAUGACUGGAGAAUUCACGAAGAUGUACGUAUGGGAGAUUCUUCAUCAAACGAUAUCUAAGAUGAGCAAACACGUGACGAAGGUACAGAACGAGUUGAGGGAAGUUCAUAAAGCCCGGCAAACAUCGAGGCAACCUGCUGGACAAAACCAGGAUGAAGACUCUGAUUCAGACGGGGAGCAGGAGCAGAAUGAUCGAGCUGAAUCGGUCAAUGAAGAAAUGUUGGAGAAACUCGAAGAGCAGUUCGAAUCCGCUCAAGCCGAUCAGAAAAACAUGUUCCUCAUAAUUUUCCAGAGAUUCAUCAUGUUGCUGUCCGAACACAUCGUCCGUUGUGACACAGAUGGGCGUGAUUUCAGGAACUGGUGGUAUUAUUGGACCCUUGGACGCUUGAAACAAGUCUUCAUGAUGCAUGAAGAGCAAGUGUAUCAAUACAAGGAUACACUGGAGACGCUUCUUUUUACUCAAGAGCUGGAUCACAACAUCCUGCAAGUUUUCCAGCAGAUGUUGCAAGAGGACGAGUUACGGGAUGCAGUGCUUCUAGUCUUUGCAAACAAGCAGGAUCUCCCGAAUGCAAUGAGCGCCGCGGAAUUGACUGAAAAGCUUGGUCUCAGAUCCCUCGUCGGGCGCAAAUGGUACAUACAAGCAACCUGUGCUUCUCAAGGCCAAGGAUUAUACGAAGGACUAGACUGGCUCUCUACAGAAUUAUCAAAGAAGUAAGGCACCGCGUUUUGAUGUGUUUCGCCGUCAUUGCCUUGACGGAUGUUCAUGAAGGAAAGUCUUUGGGGUGAAUUCUGACAGUUAAGCCGGUGUGCGGGAAAGGUGAAGAAAAGCUGCUUUACUCUGAUUCGGGAAGAACUUCAUUCCCUUCACAUCAACACGCACUUGGUUCCUGCUGCGAUUUUUAUUCAUUUUGUUUUAUUUGGCGUGUAUCACGGUUUACGGUUUUGAGUUCUUCCAUUGUUAUGCUGAAACGUCGCUGGGGUGUCACAGAUUUACCGAAGUCUCCGAGUUUCUGUUGUUUCUUGGACUUUUUAGUGCAACGUGUAUUUUCGAAGUUCGAAGUAAGGCUGGCACUGAAGAAGUGAUUCACGUGGUUGAAUAUCCUAAACGCAGGAUGAGAGUUGAGAUUCUGGUUGGAAUUCGAAGGCGAUAGUUAAUGGGAGCUAGAUAUGUUAAAUUGUUUUAAAAUGAUCUUAUUUUUGUGCUUUUGAUGAAAUGAACUUCUUUUCGUUUGCUUGAAUUUUGGUUUGUAUCAUCUCCGCCGAUGAUCGGCUGGAACGGGAAGGAAUGAAGUAAUGGAAGCAAAUGAUAUGAACUUGAGUGGCAUCCAUUAUUUUUCCUUGUGCUGCGAUGAGAUUCUACUAAUAGUUGCCUAAUGAUAUAUAAAAUCGGAAUUUUAGCGAGCGACUUCUGGGCCGAUUUCUAUUGACUUCCAAUUGAGGUGGUUAUCUUGUUGCGGUACAUCAUUGUAAUUCGUGGCACAAUGGUUUCUGGACGUAUUUUUCUGUCCCUGAAAAUAAAGCAUUCCUAUUUGAAACA